UUUUCAGAUAUUUUUGUGUGUGUAAUACCUACUAGUGUCAGCUCUUCUGUACUAAUAGAAAGGUGCACUAUCAAAUUAUUUAUCCUGUUACUCCGGCAGCAGAUAGACCAUUAUCCAACCAUCAGCUAUGAGCCAUGAGCUUCCUGGUGUAGGGGUGUUUGGUACUGGAGGGAAUGUUGGUCUUCUAGUACAGAGCCUGCGAAGUCAUGGCUUCACUGUUGCUGCAAUCUGGAGCCCAACGCUUGAUGCCGCUCUGGAGACUGAAGCAGCUCUUGAUGUGCCUUUUGCCACAAAUAAGGUUGAUGAGGUUCUACUGCACCGUAAUGUAGGUCUGGUGGCAGUGCUGUGCCAGCCUGAUCUGCACUCGCAGAUUGCAGUCAAGGCGCUGGGUAUUGGCAAGCAUGUGCUCUGCGAUGUUCCUGUUGCUCUCAACCAGGGACAAGUAAUGAAGAUGGUACACGCAGCACUCUACUACCCAUCUCUCAUAUCUGUGCUUGGCCAUGGCUUGCGUUAUGUUCCGGCAUUCCAAGAGCUUAAAAGACAAAUAAAGGCGGGCUAUGUCGGUGAACUGGCUGUCUGUGACGUCAAUAUUCACUAUAGCAUCGCACACUCCAACAUAUCUAGCAGUUCCAACUACACUUCAACUAACGACAAUUCCAACUAUACCUCCAACUCAGAACAAGGAUAUGAUUGGUGGUGCAGUAAGCUGAUGGGUGGGGGUGUUUUGAGUUGUAUUGGAAGCCACGUAGUGGAUAUUCUUGCUUUUAUUACCGGGGAAACCGCCACACGUGCGCACGGUGUUACCCGCACGUGCACACGCACCACUCGCCACGUGCGCGGCAUCCGAAGAAUUGACAGCGAUCAUUUCUGUUGCUUCCAGCUCCAGCUCACAGGUGGUGCUGUGGUUAACGUCAGCCUCAACAGUCAUGUCCCUGGACCGUAUAACCAGCAGUUAGUGGUGUGCGGCAGUAAGGGGCGGCUGACGGUGCGGGGGGCGGCGCUGUACGGGCAGCUGCAGGAAGACACGCACGAGAAGCUGCUUGUUGAGGCUCAGGGGGACGGCGCUCAGCAGGCUGGACUGCCUGGCUUAGUGCAGGCGCUGAAGGAGGCGUUCAGUAGCGGGAGGGAUGGCAGUGAACGCCCCGUGGUGGGCGCGGCGACAUUCCUAGACGGGCAAUACGUGCAGGCUGUGCUUGAUGCCGUCCGACUCAGCACUGCCACGCGACAGUGGGAACAGGUUACGGUGAUGCAAGAAGAUUCAGAUAGCGGCAUGCGCCGCUGAGUUCAACUACAGCUGGCGAUACUGACGAUGCACGCCUCACUGAGCUGAAGCCCUGUCAUGAAAUAUUCUGUGGACAGAAAAGUACAAUUGGUUACAGGACCGGGCGUCGAACCUUUUUAGUUCGUCAUGGUCACUUUAGUGACUUUACCCAGUGAAUGAAUCGCAAAUCGUUUAGAAAUAUUCAAAUUUGAUCAAAUAUUCUAUGAAUAGCCGUCUUCUGAAUUUUCCUGAAUUUCUCGGCUUCUUUGUUCUUUGAUCUAAAUAUUUCUUCGCGUUCUAAUUUGGUUUGUAUAUAUAUAUACUAUGUUUACAAUUAUUUCCAUCAUUCCAUUGCUUGAAUGGCAUAUUGACGAAGUAUUUAAUUGGGUGCUAUGAUAUUGAUCAGGAUCAUUCUGUUGUUAUUUAUUUUUGAAAAAUUCGGUGAAUUUACUUCAAGAAGAAUGCGACGCUGAUUUGAAUGUGCAAUGCGCUUCGUUUUGAGGACAAAUUUCCGAUUUUUGUUGCUUUUGAGUCUGGUUUGAAAUUACAAGGGCAAUUCCUUGUCGUUUCCCGAUUAAUUUCCUUAGUUAUUAGUUUCUUAUUUCGGCGACAUAUUUUGUAAAUACUGUACAGUAUUAGCUUAUUUAUAAUAAUUGUAUAAGAGUAAUAUAAUGUGAUAGUAAUAUUGAAAGUUUCUAUCAUACUGUUAAUUUGUGUUGUGCUUUCGUUAUUUUCUGUUUUCUUACUGUUCGAAAUGUUAUAUAAUUACGUACUGUUAUUAGAAUAUUUUAUGCGGAGCCUAUAACUUGAUACUUAACAAUAAAAAAUAAUAGUUCAUUAGUUUUUAAUUUGCUUUAUGCUAGCUAUUUUCUUUGUUUGUAUCUUAUUGUGUUUGCAAUCUCUGAACUCGUGUACCGAAAUUCCGCAUUCAUAACCCUUCACGUUUGUAAUUCCAUGUUAGAAACAUACCAUGCAGCAAAUCUUAACUCUUCACUUCUGCAAUACAAAACUUUGUAUAACUGAGCUCUUCAUGGGCAUUCUGGCUUUACUGAAGCGAUUACAAGACAAUUGUAAGUUUUCUCAUUGUAUAAACGGUUUCGAUUUAAUUUUUUAUUGUUCUUGGAAGUAUGCAAGUGUCCCAAAUAUACUUGAUCUCAUUCAGCUUU